AUGCAUCUCCCACUACUCUCUAUCCUCACUCUUGCGCCCGCGGUGAUUGCGGUUGUUGUCGAUACGCCAACUCUGAAAUCGCGUCGGAAUUGGGACGUGACAUGGAGACUCGACACGCCAAAAAUUGGCCUCACUCUUACCCGAGACUUCAAAACUUUUGAGUGGAUUGAUCUCGUUGAUGCCGAGCCGGAGAAGGCUAGUGUUAGAUUACCGAGAGACGUGAAUCUUCAGCCAGGUGAUGUUUGGUUGGUCGCAUGGACUAGUCACGGUACAGGACCAAUUGGAUAUAGUGAGAAAUUCACAAUCAAAUAA